AUGGCGGGCGCGGGCGGGCCUGGGGCCGCGUCGGCCCUCUCGGUGUCCUGCCUGAGCCUCGGCUCCUCCACGCCGCGCGCGGUCGGUCGGGCGGAGCGGACGCCCCGCUACACCCUGGGGCUGCUGCAGACGCCGCGCAGCUCGGACAGCACCGGCGGCUCCUCAGGCGGCGCGGCGCGGCCGGGCAACUCCAGCGGGGAAGGCCUCGCUCCCGGGCUCGCCGCCGGGAGCAGCGGGGCGAAGGCGGCAGUUUCCGAUAGAGGAGAAUCAUAUUUUGGGGACAAAAGUUCUUGUGUAGAAAAUGCUAACACGCUGAAUCUCACAACUUCUUCUUCUGUGCGAGGCCUGAAUAGCACACGUAUUGGAAAAACACCCCUCUCUUCCAGUAGAUCUGUUUGCAGAAGCCAUACCCCUCUUAUGGGAUAUUCUGUUACAUCCUCAUCUGCAGUCUCUGCUCAUAGUGUUGCAUCAGUUAUUGUAGCUGUAGUAGAAGGAAGAGGCCUUGCCAGAGGUGAAGUCGGAAUGGCCAGUAUUGACUUAAAAAAUCCUGAGAUGAUAUUAUCACAAUUUGCAGACAAUACAACUUAUGCCAAGGUUAUUACUAAACUCAAGAUUUUAACACCAUUAGAAAUAAUAAUGUCAAACACUGCUUGUGAUGCAGGGAACACAACAAAACUGUUCAGUCUGAUUACAGAGCAUUUCAAGAAUGUGACUUUUACAACUGUCCAAAGAAAAUACUUCAAUGAAACAAGGGGUUUGGAAUACAUAGAACAAUUGUGUGCAUCUGAAUUUAGCACCGUUUUCAUGGAGGUUCAAUCAAAGUAUUACUGUCUUGCAGCUGCUUCAGCUUUGCUAAAAUAUGUUGAAUUUAUUCAAAAUUCCGUUUAUGCUCCUAAAUCACUCAAGGUGCGUUUCCAGGGGAGUGAGAAAACAGCUAUGAUAGAUUCAUCGUCAGCACAAAAUCUUGAACUAGUAAUUAAUAACAGAGAUUCUCGGAAUGGUCACACACUUUUUGGGAUCCUAAAUUACACUAAAACUCCUGGUGGAAGUCGAAGACUUAGGUCCAAUAUCCUGGAACCUCUGGUUGAUGCUGAAACAAUUAACAUGAGACUGGACUGUGUUCAGGAAUUACUCCAGGAUGAGGAGCUCUUUUUCGGUCUUCAAGCAGUUAUCUCAAAAUUCCUGGAUACAGAACAACUACUUUCAGUUUUGGUGCAAAUUCCAAAGCAGGAUACGGUUAAAACUGCUGAAUCAAAAAUAACCAAUUUAAUCUACCUGAAGCAUACUUUAGAACUUGUGGAGCCUCUGAAAGCUGCUUUAAGAAGCUGUAACACACAGCUGCUAAAGGCUUAUUACAAUUCUCUUGAAGAUACAAGAUUUGGAGUCAUGCUUGAAAAGAUUACAACUGUAAUUAAUGAUGAUACAAGAUACACAAAAGGAUGUCUGAGUAUGAGGACCCAGAAGUGCUAUGCUGUCAAGCCUAACAUCAAUGAAUUUCUUGAUGUAGCUCGUAGAACAUACACAGAAAUCAUUGAUGACAUAGCAGGUAUGAUAACGCAACUUGCAGAAAAGUACAACCUACCAUUGAAAACAAGUUUCAACUCUGCUCGUGGAUUUUUUAUCCAGAUGAAUGCUGAUUGUUCAACAUUACCCAAUGGCCAGCUUCCCUCAGAAUUUACAAAGAUCACUAAAAUGAAGAAUACAUAUAGCUUCACUUCGGCAGAUUUAAUAAAAAUGAAUGAAAGAUGUCAGGAGUCCCUGAGAGAAAUAUAUCACAUGACCUACUUAAUAGUGUGUAAACUACUGAGUGAGAUCUAUGAACAUAUUCAUUGCCUGUACAAGCUGUCUGACAUUGUGUCUAUGCUGGAUAUGCUGCUUUCCUUUGCCCAUGCCUGCACUCUUUCGGAUUAUGUUCGUCCAGAAUUUACGGAUACUUUAGCAAUCAAGCAGGGAUGGCAUCCCAUUCUUGAAAAGAUAGCUGUGGAAAAACCUGUGGCUAACAACACGUAUCUGACAGAGGGCAACAAUUUUGUCAUUAUUACAGGACCAAAUAUGAGUGGAAAAUCAACAUAUCUAAAACAGAUUGCACUCUGUCAAAUUAUGGCACAGAUUGGUUCUUACGUCCCAGCAGAGUAUUGUUCUUUUCGAAUCGCAGAGCAGAUUUUUACCAGAAUAGGUAUGGAUGAGGAUAUAGAAACAAAUGCAUCAACAUUCAUGAAGGAAAUGAAAGAGAUAACGUACAUCAUACAAAAUGCUAAUGAUAAAUCACUCAUCAUAAUUGAUGAACUUGGCAGAGGUACCAGUGCUGAAGAAGGUAUUGGCAUUUGUUAUGCUACCUGUGAAUAUCUGUUGAAUUUAAAGGCAUUUACACUGUUUGCUACACAUUUCCUGGAACUGUGUCAUAUGGAUGCUUUGUAUCCCAAUGUGGAAAAUUACCAUUUUGAAGUGCAACAUGUGAGAAGCAGUGCUGGAAAUAAGGAGAAAAUUGCCUACACUUACACACUUUCUAAAGGAUACACAGAGGAAAAGAACUAUGGACUAAAAGCUGCAGAAGUUUCCUCCCUACCAUCAUCUGUAAUUUUGGAUGCAAAGGAAAUCACAAAUCAUAUUGCAAAACAAAUUUUGCACAGGCAGAAGAGCACUCCUGAGAUGAUGAAACAGAGAGCUGCGUACCAUUUAGCAAUGAGAUUGGUUCAGACUGCCAGAAACUCUCGAUUGGACCCUGACAGUUUGCGUAUAUAUUUGAAAGGCCUGAAGAAAAAGUAUGAAGCCAGUUGGCCUGCACCUGGAAAAAAUGAUGAGCAAGAGUAA